AUGCUUCGUGAGCCUAUGCGUCGGGAUACCAGCCAAAAUAAACACAGCAACUACUGGAAUCGACUCGCCAUAAGACCUGGGAAAGCAAGGCAAUUGUACGGCCAGUAUCGAUUUCCCCCGCAGAAGCCAAGACGCUUGCAGGUUGUCCUGAAGCAAGUGGUUGGAACACCGUUUAGCAGCCGUGUUCUAUCCACAGCGGAAGAUGAGAUAGUUAGUCUCAUGGUAAAAGUCAGCUCCAGUAGCCAGACUGAUCAGGCUGGCUCAAUAAUCGAAUUGCGAGAUAAACUCAAGGCACUGCUUAGCCCUUGGGUGUCCAUCUAUCUCCAAAGCAUAGCUAGCCGUCUUCUAGACCCCCAGGUUGCUCUUACAUGGCACGCAGCCGAGAACAAUUGCAAGCAAUUCUGCGAGUCUUUACUAGACUAUCAGCUUUUCGGGCCCCUUGUGUCCCGACCUUCAGUCGUCCCUCCGGGCAAUGGCCCAAUCCAACCCCUAUAUCGGGUGAGCUUCCUAUGUCGCCCUGGUAUAUUCACACAACCUCCCUUCACCACCCCAGAGACCAUCACCGACGUCCCGUAUGGGCUGACGGAGGAGUAUCUCCGCCGAUUCUGGUUUGGGUGCUCUAACGGGCCCAACCUGAUUGACUCUCUGCAAGAGUACUGGUUUGACUGGGCCGGAUUCAACAUGAACAUAUACCGCCAUCAACACCUCUUCCCCUGGGAUUGUACUGAAGCACUGUUUAGAUACCCGGGAAAAUGUGGGGAGUGUAAUCUGGCCAAACAUCUCUGGGCCUUCCCCUUUGAUUCCUGGUCCAUCAUCGCACUCCAUCUCUCACAAGACAGAUACAUGUACCCAAGAAACGUGACGGCCGCAGGCAAAGACGAGGAUGUGGCCUGGACGGAGAACCGUCUAGCACUCCUCAAUGCACUGGAUAUCCUAUGCACUGGGGCGACGGCCAUGUCCCAAGAACCGCUGUUCCACAAAGCCACAGAAUGGCUGCACACACAGACCGAUCUGACGGUCGAACGGGUCAGGAUGGGUGGGAUCCAUCGGGCGCAGCCGCGCAGCUACGCACUGGAGAAGCGCCGGCCCUCCGAGUUCUUCAUUGCCUGGCCAUACGUGUCAAGAAAACAACGCAAACAACAUUACGAGCAAGUGCGAGAACUCUUUCGGUCGCCCGAAAUACAGUGGGACCUCUACGGGACGGACUGGUGGUAUGCUGAACAAGAUAAUGAUUAUUAUCAAUUUCCACCCAUUCCUCACCCCAUUUCUCACCCAGCCGCCAUAUGGCCCUUUACACCAGUUCAAGUGAUCCCACUGCGCAAACAUUUCAUUCCAAACGCCGGUUUUACACCGUCAAGCGGUAGUCCUGACUCUCACGGGGCCUGUGGCACACAGAGCACAGCGGCUGCUUGUGGGUCGAACUGUGGGAGUUGUGACGGAGGGGGAUGUGGUGGAGGGGGAUGUUCAGGAGGAUGUGGCGGCGGCGGGUGCGGCGGUGGGAGUGGUGGAGGUGGGGGUGGCGGAGGAGGCUGA